AUGCCAGUAUUGCUAGCUAGUAUGGAAUCUUCCGAGGAUUCUUUGGAGAAUGAACAAUCUCCAAGGAAAGGGAAACAUGGAAUCCCCAUUCCCUCCUUCAGCAUGACUACAUGUACACAAGAUGGUAUCAGUACAGCAACAGCAGAGCCCAAUAGUCUUUCAGCUGCAUGGAUUUGUGGUACAUGCACCUUUCAACACUCUGGAACAGACAAACAGCACUAUCUGGCCUGUGAAAUGUGUGGGACACCCAGAGCGUCAUCUCACAUUGAUGCUAUGAAUAGUAGUACCGGUAGUGGCAGGAAGACAACCACACAAUCAACCUCAUCUAUCACAAGGAACGAUCCACCACAACGAACACAACAAGCGACCAAGCGCCCCUCGUCAUCCUGGGGAAGUCUUCAACCACCCACCCAACAAGAUAUACGAGGCAAGCGGAAACGACAAAAGGCCCUCGAUGCUCCUCCACCGCUGCUAGACUAUCUCGUCGUGUUGGACUUCGAAUGGACUGCCGAUGAUCGGAAGAAAAUGGAACCCAUUCCCGAGAUUACACAAUUCCCUUCGGUGGUCAUGAAGCUGGUAGAAAAGAAAAGGGGCCUUCCAUUGGAAUAUCAUCAACAACAGCCACAACAACACGACAGUCCAAUUCCGUUGCCACUUGAUUUGACCAUGCCAUGUGUGGAAGAUCAUCGUCGUCUCCGACAAGACGCCAUUGCCAUUUCGGCGUUUGAUACGUUUGUACGACCGACAUUGAACCCCAUUCUUUCCGAGUUUGCCAUGCAACUCACGGCCAUUACCCAAGAGCAAGUCAGUACGGCUUCACCCAUGGACGAGGCUCUGCAAAACUACAUGAAAUGGCUCCAAUCCCUAAAGCUGGUCGACAAGGACGGCGCCAAAACAACCGGAACCACCUGGUGUUUUGCCACAUGGGGCGAUGGCGAUAUCAUGAGUACGCUGCGACAGGAACUGCAGUACAAACAAAUAAAGCUACCGGAAUGCUUUGAUCGAUGGAUCAAUCUCAAAUGCGAUUCCAUGUUUCCAAAACAUUACGGACGAGAGCCUCGUGGAGGACUCAAAGCGUGUGUCGAAUCGGUGGGGGCAACAUGGGAAGGACGGGCUCACAAUGGAUUGGUGGAUAGUCUCAAUACGGCCAAAAUUGUACGACACAUGGUACAAACGGGAUUUCGAUUCACACGGGCCACACGGGGACUCGAUAAAGAUGGCAUUCCCUUUGGGCAAAAACAGAAACAAGCCGCAACAAGGUCGUUUGCUAGAACUUCAAAGGCUACGAACAAGAAGUGA